AUGAAAGAUAUGAUCUCAGCCGAAGGUAGUCUUAUUGAAGUACGAGCUCCGUGUGUUAUCGUCGGUGAUAUUCAUGGCCAGAAUGAAUUUAAGUAUGAAGAUUUGCACAGAAUGUUCGUAAUGACCGGUAAAAAUGGUCGUAGUGGUGCAACAAUGCGACGGUAUUUAUUUUUGGGUGAUUAUGUGGAUCGAGGACCGCAUUCACUCGAAUGCAUCUGUUGUCUGUUCGCUUACAAACUCACAUUUCCAAAAAUGUUCAACUUAUUGCGAGGUAACCACGAAGCUGCGUUCAUCAAUAAGAAUUACGGUUUUUAUCAAGAGUUGAAGGAUCGUUUCAAUGAGUCGCAAGCACUUUUACUGUGGAAGAUGUUCAACGACGUGUUCGAUUACCUGCCACUCGCUGCCCUUGUACAAGGCAAAAUUCUUUGUAUGCACGGUGGUAUUGGACCGAGACUCAAUAAACUGGAUGAUAUUCGUAAUGUAAUCAUUUAUCUCUUAUUA